AUGGAUUUCUGGAAGACACUUUGGAAAGUUUUGAUACCUAACUCUGCAAAGGUUCAUGUAUGGCGUGUGUGCAAUAAUAUUCUCCCUUCUUUGGAGCGGUUAGCUUCGAAACAUGUGAAUGUGGAGUCACAAACUUGUGUUUUAUGUGAGGUGGAGAUGGAAACAACGUUACAUCUCUGCAGGAAUUGCUCUUAUACAAAGCAGGUUUUAUAUGCCAAUCCUUAUCUUAAGCGUACCUGCUAUGAUCCACAAACUGAUCACCUCAGUGUUUUGGAUUGGUUACGUUUUUGUGCUAAGGAACUGUCCAUCAAAGAGUUGGGCGACUUGAUGUAUCUUCUAUGGGGUAUCUGGAAAGAAAGAAACUGUCGGGUUUGGGAAGCUAAACGCACGCCUGCUUGUGAUGUAUUGAUCAGGUCAAUGUCUCGACUACAUGAUUACCGCUUUCAUAAUUCAAAGUUAAGGAGUGAAGCAAUUAGAUGUCUGAGGGUUGAGAAAUGGAAGCCUCCUUCAAUUGGAACUCUCAAAGUUAAUAUUGAUGGUUCAUUCUAUGAGUCUACAAGACAAGGUGGAUUUGGAUUUGUGAUACGGGAUUCAGAUGGACAAUUUAUUGUUGGUGGGGGAGGUCCUCUCAGUCAAUUGUUAUCUCCAGAACAUGCAGAACUUUCAGCUUUUCAAGCUGCUCUAGAUUAUAUAAUGGAACAUGACAUGCAACCGAUGGUAGUGGAGACUGACUCUACCAAGGUCCAGCGCCAACUGACUACUGCUGCUAUGCCUAACACAUCUACACUAGGAAGGGUGUAUGAUGACCUGUUGAUGUUACUGGAGUCACAGCCAAAUGUGACUAUUGUGCAUGCUAGAAGAGAUGCCAACAAAGUGGCACACUUGCUAGCCUCUCAAGCUUCUUCUUUUUCUCAAGUUUGUUUUUAUUCAUUUCCUCCUCAGUUUCUAUUAGCUGCAGUUGCAGCUGACCUUUGUUCCAUGUAA